GUUGCUUUUAGAACUGAAAUGUUGAGAGUGCCAUUUGCCUUUCACCCAAUGUCGAGAUCAUUCAGCUCCUCUGCUAUUGCCAAUUCGAUCAGGGCUAAGGUCAUGCUCUAUUCGCAAUACGGCCAGCCUGACCAAGUUCUCAGAUGCGUGUCCCACGAACUGCCUUCCUCACCAAAGGGCAAGGAGGUUCUGUUGCAGACCAUUGCUUGUCCAAUCAACCCUUCAGACAUUAACCAGAUCCAGGGCGUCUAUCCCUCGAGACCAGAGCUAAAGGUGCAAUACGGCCAGUCUGAGCCUGUCGCUGUUGGAGGAAACGAGGGCCUGUUCAAGGUGCUGGCCGUGGGAGACCAGGUGUCAGGCCUCAAGGAGGGCGAUUGGGUCAUUCCAAGCAACGUUAACUUCGGCACCUGGAGAUCGCACGUUCUGUCGGAGGAAUCUGCCCUCAUGAAGAUGGAAAAGACCAUCUCGGCAAACCAGGCCGCCACCAUUGCCGUUAAUCCGUCAAGCGCAUAUCAGAUGCUGACGCUGUUCGAAGAGCUCAAACCGGGUGACUGGUUCAUUCAAAACGGAGGCAACUCGCAGGUUGGCCGCUCUGCGAUCCAGAUCGGAAAGAAGCUCGGCCUCAACUCCAUCUCCAUCGUCAGAAACAGAGACAACCUCAAGGAGCUGGUCGAUGAGCUCACCGGCUUGGGAGCAACCAAGGUCAUAACCGAGGAGGAAAACGCUUCGAAAGAGUUUGGCAAGACCAUUGCUGAAUGGACCAACGGCAAGCCAAUCAAAUUGGCUCUCAACUGUGUUGGAGGCGAUAACUGCACCAACAUGGUGAGAAAACUGGGCCAGGACGGUACUCUCGUCACCUACGGAGGCAUGUCCAUGAAACCGGUCACGAUUCCAACCACUAUGUUCAUCUUCAAGAACAUCACUGCCAAAGGAUUCUGGGUCUCUGCCAACAUCAAACGCAUCCCAGGCUCCAGAGAGAACACUAUCAAGGCUGUGCAGAAAAUGAUGGAGGAUGGCGACCUCGUGGACGUGAAAAUGUACGAGAACCCAGUCUCUGCUGACGCGUCUGAAGACCAGGUGUAUCAGGCCUUCCAGAAGGCCCUGGCCAACUCCAACAAGGGCAAACAGCUGGUUGUGUUCUCCUAGCCCCCUUCGUGAUUACAUAAGCAACU